AUGAAAAUUGAAAAAGUGGUUGAAUGGAAACCAAUAUAUAUUAAUUAGACCUUAAUGGAAAUGUUAAUUCAACCAUUUUUCUAGAUUAAUCUUCUAGGUUAAGAAAAAAAGAAAUCUAUUAAUAAAACUUAAUCAUCUUUUGCAUAUAAUUCAAUGAUAAUUUAAGAUAUGAAUUGUGGACCAGAAUUAGAAUAAUUAAAUUAAAAAUUGGUAGAAAGACUUUGCAGGGAUAUGAACAAGUGUGAUUUAUUCUAUAAUUUACAUAAAUAGCAAAUAUAAGUGAAAUUAAGAAAGUUAAUUUAUAACAUAUUCAUUUACUAAGAAUUACAAAAGGUUUAACUUGUUAAAUCAAAAUUGUAUAUUUUGAAGUAAUAUUGCGAGAUGCUUUAUUUAGAAUGCAAUCUUUUAGAGUAAUUUGCAAAGUAUAAUCAGAUAGUCAUAUAAAAAGUAUUGAAAAAGUACAAAAAAUAAGUUUUCAUUCAAGAUCCUUAAUUCAACCUAUAGAAAAUGCAGAGUGUUAAUAAUGAACUAUAGAUUUUUAAUAAUCGUUAGGAUAUUUAAAAAAUUCAAGUGAAACUGAAAUUGUUAUAUUCUCGUUGUCUUUCAACUAAAAAAUAGAAUAAUAAUAUAAAGAAAUUAAAAUAUCAUAAUAUAUAUAAAGGAUUUACAAGAAAAGAAUAAUUAUUGAUAGGGUUAUAUUUAGGGGUCUCAUUUUGCUUAUUGUUAUAUAUAAUAUCAAGAAGAAACUAAUUAAAUAAUAACUUUUAUUAAAAGUAUUAAAUAACAAUAUAAAUAGUCAAUUUUACUAUGAUUUAUAUUUUCCAAUGUUCAGAGGGAUAGGGUUAAUGAUUUUAUAUUAUUGGUCACUCAUAUUUUGUGUAUACUGUUGGAUUAAAGGCCAUGUUGGUUAUAGAUCAAUUUUCAAUUUUAAACAUCAUAGUUCAUCAAUUAAUUAAUUAAUUAGAAGAGCUGCAUUUAUAACAUUAUUGUUUUUUUCAAUAUUGAUUUUAAGUUUAUAAAAAGAACUCUAUAUUGAAGAGGAAAAGGAUAGUAAAUUAUACCUGUAAGAUUACAUAACAGAUAAAAUAGUUUAUGAUCCUGCAAUAGGACCUUUAAUAUUAUGGAUAUUCAUGUUACUUUAUAUGAUAUGGCCCUCAAAAAAGUACUUGAAUGCUAAAGGUAGAAAAUACUUUUGGAGAAUUCUAUACACAAGUAUUUUAGCAGGAUUUUUUGAUUGUCCAUUUGUUAAUGGUUGGUCAACAGAUUAAUUAUUAUCAUUAGCAUUAAUGCUCAAGGAUUUUGGUUAUACAGUUUGUUUUUAUAUAAAAUACAUAUAGGAUACAGAUGAUUAUAAAUCUUAAGCUACUUGUGGUGAUCCUAAAAAUCUAUUGAUAGGUUUAAUAGUAUGUUUAAUUCCUAUUUUCUUAAGAUUUGUUCAAAUUGGAAGAUGUUUUUAUGAUGCUAAGAAAAUAACUAUGGAUGAUAUAUUUGUUAUUAUGAUAUAUAUAGAAGUAACAAUGGUAACAGUUUUUUCAUUUUUAUCAUAAUUUGGUAAUAUUUAUUUUAUAAUGUGGAUUAUAUCAUUUUGUUUACUUGCUUGUAAUGCAUAUUUUUGGGAUAUAAAGAAGGAUUGGGGUUUAUUUUAAAUAAAUUCAAAACAUAGAUAUCUUAGAAAUUAAAUAGCAUUUAAACCUAUAUUUUAUUAUAUUGGUAUUAUUUUGGAAUUCUUUCUUCGUUUUGCUUGGAUUCUUUCAAUAUCACCAAAUAUGGCAUCAAUAAUUCAUGUUUGGUCACCUUUAUUUUCUUUAUUAAUGGCCAUAUUAGAAUUGUGUAGAAGAACAGUAUGGAAUAUAUUUAGAAUAGAAAAUGUUCAUAUAUAAAAUAUGGGAGAUUUUAAAGCAGUUUAUCCAAUAUAGCUUCCAUUUGAAUCAUUGAUAGAUUAAUAAUCAUAUGCAAAUAUAAAAGAAAUGAGAAAAACUUAAAUAGAUCCAAUUAAUAUAUCUUUAUUAAGUGGAAUAUAAAAUUAAUAAUCAGUUGCAGGAUAGUAUUUUUAAUUUAGAAAUUCUAUUAGAUCAGAUUCAAUGGAAGAUGAAACUAAAUUAAAUUAAUUAUUAUAAUAAGAAUAAGAUUUAAUAGCAGAAACUAUGUAUGAAGAUAGAAAGAGAGAAAGUAUAUUGAUAAUGAGAUAUUCUUAAUUUAAAGAAGAUAAUUAAGAUGAGAAAAUUUUAAGUCAGUCAGAAUUACUUAAAGAUCUUUAAGGAAUUUAAGAAUUGAUUAAAAAAAUGAAUUGA